AUGAGCGGUUUGGUGCAGAAAGUGACGGACACUGUCAAUGCGUGGCUCGAGAAUGCUAGGAUUGCAGCGGAGGGUAAGAUUGUGAGUUUGCUGGGGAGUGUAUGCGCAACGCCGGGAAUGUGCUGGGGCCCCCUCUGAAUACGGAACGGCGUACGAAUCGGCCACGCGAGGGUUUGUUGCGUCGCAAAAGGUGGAUAUCAUUCAGCAUGCUGCGAGCGUCUGCGAUGAUCUCGCGGUUGUCACUUGGAAGGAGGACCGGUCAAGCUUGCAGGAUGACUCUGCAGAUCUGCAUGACCAUCCACGCGAGAUGGAUGAUGCCCGAAUGGCGCACAUCACAAGGCCCUCUCCGCAGAAUCGUCACGUCACUGACCCUCUGACUCGACGCGCAAUCAUGCAGCCCUUUCAAGGCCAACGCUUGGCCGAUCGCAUCAUGCAAGAGCUCUUGGUGCUGGCAGCAGUGAGUAUGGCAAAGACGUCAAGUCCAGCCCUUUCCUCGCACUGCCGACCAGCCUCAUUCCGCCCAUUUCGCGUAGGUCAUCUCUUUUGCGGCCGGCUACCUGCUAGAGUCUCUCUCCGUUCUGAUGUACAUCUAUGGCAUCUCCACCUUGCUGGCCAUCACCGUGAGUAGAAGCAGUCGUGAAUGCAAAGCAACGCAACUUGGGCUGCCUGUUGGGGGUCCAGGUUUGGUGCGCUGAUCUGAUCAUCGGCCGCGCUCAUCCCACUGCUCAGCUCGUCGUGCCAGCUUGGCCAAUGUACAAAAAGAAUCCGGUUCGAUGGUUGCCCAACCUGCCAUCCGACGACGCGCUGCGGAAAGGCGAGGACACGAAAGAGUCUGCAUCGGCUAUGAAGAAGGAUUCCUAA